GCCGGGCGCGCGCCGGGGAGGACGCGCCCGCGGAGGGCGGCCGCGAGGAGCCCGGCCCGGGGGCGUCGGGCCCGGAGGAGCGCGGCCCGGACGCGGCGCGCGCGGGGCCGGCGAUGGCGGCCGGGCGGCCGCGGCCGCUGCUGCGCUCGGUGAACUCGCGCGAGCCGUCCCAGGUCAUCUUCUGCAACCGCAGCCCGCGCGUCGCGCUGCCCGUGUGGCUCAACUUCGACGGCGAGCCGCAGCCCUACCCCACGCUGCCGCCCGGCACCGGCCGCCGCAUGCACAGCUACCGAGGUCACCUCUGGCUCUUCAGAGAUGCUGGGACCUAUGAUGGGCUUCUGGUUAACCAGACUGAGUUAUUUGUACCAUCUCUCAAUGUUGACGGACAGCCUAUUUUUGCCAACAUCACACUGCCAGUGUACACCCUGAAAGAGCGAUGCCUCCAGGUGGUCCGAAGCCUCGUCAGGCCCGAGAAUUACAGGAGGCUGGACAUCGUGCGGUCGCUCUACGAAGACCUGGAAGACCACCCGAACGUGAGGAGAGACCUGGAGCGGCUGACGCAGGAGCACCUUGAAAGCCAGCGCCUGGCCGGGGAGAGUGAGGACGCGCCCUGAGCCCGCCCUCUCCAGCGGGCUUGGGAUGGCGCUGCCCGGCGCGGCGCUGGUCUGGUCGGCAUGGCCCGGCCUCAUCCUCGAAUGACCGCCCAUGACCUCUGCGCUUGCAGGUGUCCAGGGCCAGUACCGCAGAUGGGCUUAAUGCCUGCCCUUUCGGGACGUAUUCACCAAGGGGAAGUCAUGGCGGUUUUGCUUCCUAGUAAGUCAGGAGAGUUUCUGAGGACUUUGUGCAACUCAGAACCGCGGCCUGUGCUAUGCCAGUAGGAAGCAGCAGCAGCUGCCUGCGGUGGCUGGUGACGAGCCGCCUCCCGCUCUGGGGAGAGGAGACGUCAGUGAGGUCGGACAAACCUGUCUCCUCUUUGAGGCCCCAGUGCCUCGCACAUCAUGAGCCUUCGGUCUGUUUGUCGAAUGAACAAACCAGUGGCUACGCUGGUGGAAAGUGUUUGGGGAUGUUGGCUUUUUUUGUUAUGGGGGAGGGGGGCUACCAUAAGCAGAUGUUUUAAAGGGAACCAUUUUUAUAGAAAGCGCCUUUUGUAAUUUUCUAUACUUUGUGUUUCCUCCAUCUGUGCUCGUCACAGUGCUGUCUUAGCUCUGUUUCUCGGCCAGGAGGAGCUUUGUGCAGCCACUGCGAUGAGAGCUGUUUUCUGUGACAUCUGCCCAGAAAACAGGAGAAGGCAGCGUCCUCUUGCUUGCUUCUAGUAGCAAGGAGCCACUACUGUAUUGUAAAUAAGUUUUAUCAAAUGUGAAUGUCUGUCCCUUUUUGCAAAUCUGUGAUGUUUCUGUUUGGUUCAGCAUUUUCAGUAGGCAAGAUGUGGGGACACUUUGCACCUGGCCACAGAAGCGCCCCAUGCCCCCACCUCUGGGAGGCUGCACCCGACACAGCAUCCAGAGAGCACCCUGCAGUGUGUUACACUUUCAUGAAGGGGCAGAUCCUUCCUUGCAGACUGCACUUAAACUCAUGACUCAAAUUCAUACUAGCAGGCUGCUGCUCUUAUUUUUUUGGCAGGGGGCCGGGGGUGGUAAUUGAUAAAUAGUUUAGAAAAAAAAUUCCCCAGUAAAGAAAAUGCUGGAAAACACAGAAAAGUGAAAAAGAAGAAAGAUGGCUAAGGUAGAUUGCUUAAACACUAAACGUUUUGAACUGGCACCCUCAUUUAGGGCACCUUUUGGUUGCUUGAUUUUCACCCAGGUGAAAACACCGUCCAGGUGUAGCUCUGUAUUCUACUUCCUCAUUAAACUUUAGAGCUGAAAUAUUUUCCCCUGAUGUUACGAGCUUUUCCCAGGCACACGCACAGCCUUCCUUUCAGAAGUAGCGUGGGGCUGUGGGCCUCCUGGGUUGCUUCUGCUAACCACGGGCUUAGCUCCUGUGCUCUGAGUCCUGGGAACUGAAGGAAGCCGAGGCCUCCCGGCUCUCCCCGUCUACUUGAAAUUUCGCCGCGUCCUGUCCCCUCUUUCGACAUUCCACCAAGAAGUUGGCCUUUUCUUUGAAGUAUGUUGUAGUACUCGUUCUGUGACACGCCUGUCAGUAGUUAUUUUUGGUUGUUGAAGUGUUGGGUAGGGAAGCAAGGCUGGCAUCGGAACACCGCUGUCGGAGGCCGGGGUGAGAGACGCGGGGGUUAAGGAAUCCGCGGGUGCUGGACUGGCUCGGUAUCGUUUUAUUGUUUAAUCCCGUCUUCAUGUCCAAAUGAGUUUGCGUGUCCCUCUUGUUAGAACAUGCAGCGUGAAGACUGUGUUUUUGUGUUGUCCAAGGAAGACGGGAAACCUGUGGCAUGAGUGAUACCUUUCCUUCCUUGAAAUCUUAUGAAUGUGUUUCUACAUUCCUAGGAGAAAUAAAUGUAUUUCUCUUAAGAGAUGGAUGUUUUCUGUUUUGAGUUACAAAGGAAGCUGUUCUUUAAUAUAUUAAAUGGUGCCCAGUGAAGGAAGUGGGUGGGUGUGUCGUGGUGUUAUUUUAACCGACCUCUUCUUGAGAGUUGUGAAAGCUGUGUUAGUUUAAGGCUUAGGCUGGGGGCGGGGAGGCGAGCAGACGCAAACAGCCACCUUCACUCUCAGCCCCUCCUCCUUCCAACAUGUGAUUUUUUUUUUUAAAUAUCAUUUCUUUUAAUUUUAUUUUUCUCCUGAAAUUCCUUGUAAAAAACUUAAACAUUUCAGAAAAGUAUUCACAUCAGCAACAACGUUUUUUUUCAAAAAAGGAUUUAUUUAUACAAGAACUGGGGUACAGGCCAGAUGUGCGGGAGGGUGAGUGGACUCACCAGAGACAGAGCAGGGAACAGAACAGGCAGACUAAAGAAAUACACUGCUGAGGGGACCAGCAGGCGAGACAGGAGAGGUCUGCCGCACCAUGUGGGUAUCUCCAUGGCUGGCCAGGAUGGAACCCUCAUUGCAGGGACAGCUUCACAGUGCUGCGCUCAACCGCCUGCACCACCAGGGAGGCCCAACAAAGUUGUUUGGUUUUUUUAAAAGGUUUAUUUAUUUAUACAAGAACCGGGGUACAGGCCAGAUCCACAGGAGGGUGAGAGGAUUCACCAGAGACAGAGUGGGGAGCAGAACAGGCAAACUGACAAAAUACACUGCUGAGGGGAGCAGCGGGCGAGACAGGAGAGGUCUGCUUCGCCAUGUGGGACCCUUGCCAGCCGCGUGGGAUUGCACCAGUGCUGCAGAGGCUGCAGAUAGCUUCAUAGCGCUGCGCUCAAAGGCCUGUGCCACCAGGGAAGGCUGAAAGUUUUUUUGUUAACCCAUAAAAACAGAAGCAACCUUGGGCCUCCCGGGUGGUGCAGAGGGUUAAGCGCAACGUUGUAAAGCUGUCCACAGCCACUGCACUGCACUCCUGGGCUGGCCAGGGAGAUACCCACAUGGCGCAGCAGACCUCUGCUGGCUCUCCCGCUGCUCCCGUCAGCAGUGUGCUUCAGUCUGUCUACCUGUUCUGUUCCCUGCUUUGUCUCUGGUGAAUCCUCUCACCUCCCAAACCUCUGGCCUGUGCCCCAGUUCUUAUAUGCAUAAAUAAAUAAAUCUUUUAAAAAAAAAACAAAACAGAAACAACCUUAACAGACACCUAAGAAGAAGUACAGAUGGCACCAAAGCAUCAGAAAAGAUGCUCCAGGUCAUCUGCCAUCAGGGAAAGACAAAACAACGAGGCAUCUGUCCACACCUUUUAGAAUGGCCAAAAUCUGGGCCUCCCUGGUGGCGCAAGGGAUUAAGUCUCAGCACUAAGAAGCUACCUGCAGCCAUUGCAGCGUGGGUUCAAUCCCCGGCCAGGGAGCUGAACCACAUGGCACAGCAGACCUCUCCUGUCUCCCCGCUGCUCCCCUCAGCAGUGUAUUUUAGGAGAUUCGCUUGUUCUGCUCCCCACUCUGGCUCUGGUGAAUCCUCUCACCCCCACACCUCUGGCCUGUACCCCAGUUCUUGUAUGCAUAAAAUAAAUCUUUAAAAAAAAAAAAUAGAAUGGCCAAAAUCCAGGAUACCAAUAGCAGGAUUCAGAAUGGCAAGAAACUCAGGUGGGAAAGUGCAACACAGAACAACCACGUGGGAAGACAGUUUAAUCCAAAACUAAACCUCCUCUGACCACAUGAUCAGCAAUGCUCACUCCCAGGAUUGCCGAACGCCAUUCCGAGUCACUGGGGGACAGGCCAGAUGUGCGGGAGGGUGAGAGGAUUCACCAGAGACAAAGCGGGAAACAGAAGAGGCAGACUGAUGAAAUGCACUGCUGAGGAGAGCAGCAGGCAAGUCAGGAGAGGUCUGCUGCGCCAUGUGGGUCACCUCCCUGCCCGGGGAUCAAAGUCGUGCUUGCAGUGGCUGCGGACAGCUUCAUGGGUUGCAUCUUAACCCCUUGCGCCAUCAGGGAGGCCUUAACUGUGGUUUUAACAGGACUCAACUUUGUGUUCUCUGCCCGAAGGGUGGGACAGCACACGUUACUUGAGUAGUUGUGCUCCUUGACAUUUAUUCAAAGGAGUCGAAAACUUGUUUCCACACAAAACCCUGCAGGUGGAUAUUCCGAGCGGCUUUAUUCAUCAUUGCCAAGGUUUGGAAGCAGCCAAGCAGGUGAAGGGAUAAGCUGGGGUUUCUCCAGACCGUGCGUUUUGUUAUUUAGUGCUAAACAGAAGUGCACUCUCAACCGUGCAAAGACACAGAAGCUGAGGUGCGGAUAACCAUAACUAAGUGAAAGAAGCCGAUCUGAAAAGGUUACUUAGCAUUUGAUCUCAACUACGUGACAUUUUGGAAAAGGCCACACUGAGGAGUAAAAUAAGAUCAGUGGGUGCCGGUGUUGAGUGGGGGAGGGGAGGGCGACUGGGCAG